UCGCACAAUACUGAGAAAGACGCCCUCUUUACAAACCCGAGGUUGCGCUGCUGCUGUAGGCUUUUGAUCGUGUCUCUGUUGUGUUUGUAGCCUAUUUUCUCUAGACUUGUCUGAAUAAGGAAAUGUAAUAGGAAUCCAGCACCACCGAGGAGGGUGAGAAGUGACUCGCUCCACAACGUAGACUACUGUAAUUUACUCCGUAAAUAAAAAGUAGCUAUAAACGCACGUAUGAAUGCUUUGAUUUACCUGGACUAUUGCGGAAAGACCAAGGAAGGUGAUAGCCAACAUUUACGCACGGAUUUGGGUAUUCUGAUUUUUAACCAUGGGGAAAAGAGCCGCCCUGGCGACUUACGAUAAAGAGUUCAGCUUUGUCAGCCCAGUUGUCAAAUAUCUACUUUUCCUUUUUAACUUAAUAUUUUGGACAGAACAAGAUAGCGAUGUCUUGUAUCAGGGUCCAGAGUCACAUCCACUGCUCAUUGCUGGACCCUCUUCAUCUCAGCAUCACACAACUUCUCUAUCUCCUUGUCGCUCCCGGAUCAUUUGCUGCACGUGUGACUCGGUCUUCCCCAGCUGAGCCUUCCUCUCCCCAAACUCUUCCUCGAGAGGGACGGUGUGAUGAUCUCAUUGGUGUUGAUGUCUAUUGGCAUUUACGCCAGGAUGAUGAAACAUGCCGAGGCAGCCAUGGCCUGUCUAGCGGUGGACCCUGCCAUCCUGCUGCUGAUCGUGGGGGUGCUCAUGUUCUUCAUCACCUUCUGUGGCUGUGUGGGCUCCCUCAGAGAGAACAUCUGCCUCCUACAGACAUUCUGCAUCUUCCUGACGAUCAUCUUUCUGCUGCAGUUAGCUGCAGGUGUCCUGGGCUUCGUCUUCUCAGAUAAGGCACGGAAUAAAGUGAGUGAGAUUAUCAACAAUGCCAUCGUUCACUACAGGGAUGACAUUGACCUCCAGAACCUCAUCGACUUUGGUCAGAAAGAGUUCAGCUGUUGUGGAGGUGUCACCUACACCGACUGGUCUCAGAACAUGUACUUCAACUGCACCACAGACAACCGCAGCCGAGAGCGCUGCUCUGUUCCCUUCUCCUGCUGCCUGCUGUCUAAAGAUGAGGCGGUCAUUAACACAAUGUGUGGUCAGGGGAUGCAGGAGCUGUCAUAUCUGCAGGCUGGUGCCUUCAUCCACACCAAUGGCUGCAUCGACAAGCUGGUCAACUGGAUCCACAGCAACCUGUUCAUGCUAGGGGGCAUCGCCCUGGGUCUGGCCAUCCCACAGCUGGUGGGGAUCCUCUUGUCUCAGAUUCUGAUCAACCAGAUAAAGGACCAGAUUGAGCUUCAGAACUACAACCUGCAGCACCGUACUGACCCUUGGCAGUAACCUGGUCAUGAUCAGGUCCUACCCAAUCAAACUGGACCAGGACUAGGUCAACCCUAGGGUCUAACCCCUUUCUGCUAGAUGGGGCUCAAGCUUUCAUGUAGAUGGUGUUCAUUUUCAAGGCUGCUUGAUCAUUUCAAUGGUGCAAGGACUGGCUUUGAGGCCAAAGAUUCUGGCUGGAUGAUCCACCAUUUGACAAGAGUCGAGGUGGUCUGCUCUCUUUCUGUGUUCUUGACUCUCUUGCGUGUCUUUUUGUUCAGUAUAUAAUCUAACCAACUGAGCUACCAGAACCAAUGGUUUAUUUCCUGAAUGGGUUGAUGUAGCUGAGGGACCAGACCCAUGUGAAUUGGCUGAGAAACCAAGGUUCCGAAAAGGUCUAGAUGCCUGGACAGUGUGUCAAUGUGUGCUUGUUUCGUUUUAGCUCACCCAGUAUUCUGGAUGGGUGGAGUUUUCACUUUAUGACCAAUGGAAUGGUCAAUGUUGAAACUCUGCCCACCCUGUGCCCCAGGGGAGCUUAAAUCAAUGCAUCUAAUCAGGAAGUACUCCAGCCAGACAGCCAAUGGAGAACUCCUCCAUUCACAGCUAUUCGUCAUUUGACUCAUCUCAAAUAUGGCACGAUCUGUAAUUUAUUGAAAAGGGAAAAAAACCCAGCAACCGGAGUCCAAACCCUGCUGAAAUAAUGUAGACUCUGUCCAGUUACUUUUUUGUCAAUGGGGUUUACGACAUUGAUCUGUUAUUUAUAUCCAUCCAGUUAUCUGCUAAUACUCUCAGAGUUGAGAACAAGACAAUUCUGUCGGCCCUUCUCAAAUAUGAAAGCGCAAACCCAAGUAAUGUAAUAAGCUCAUUAGCUUUACAGUCAAUUUCGCUUGUGUGUAUGUUAAAUCUCCCAACUGUAGUUUGCCAUGCAUGCUAUAACAAGUUUUAUAAACUGGGUUGUUUGAUCCCUGAA